GAGACCCUGGUAGGUCUGAUCAUACGGAGUAUCUCCAUCCCCAGCCGAGCUCAGCCUCCUGGACAGUCCCGCACAGGGCACAGCCGUUUUCGCUUCACUCCUCCAGGAGUUUCAGGACUCAUGUCCGCUCACCCAGCCGUGUCUCCGCGGGCAUAAAGAGGGGCAUACAGCGGGCACGGAGAUGUCUGCCCCGGGAUACAGCAGUGUGGGCUCCUCGGUGAACGGCUCCACACAGAGCUACCCUUCUAUGUACCAGCCGGCCGGCUACUAUGGAGCCCCCCCUCCUCAGAGCUAUCCCGGCAAAACUCCACUAUCCAGUUCUCAGCCUCCACACUACCACAACAGCCACAUCUCACCACAGUCUCACCACGGGGCCCCCUCUACUCCGCCCAGCACUGCACCUCCACCCCAGGCCUAUGCCCCUCCACCCAGUGUCCAGUACAGUCAGCAGGUAUUACAGCCCCAACACAGCCCUUAUGGUGCUCCUGGAUCCUACUAUGAACACCAGAGCUACUCCGCUCCUCCUCCAGUCCACCACCCACCUGCCCCACAGCAGUAUCCUCUAACACCGUCUCCUGCCAAUGCUGCUGGGACCUACCCCUCUGCUCCUGGAGGCACCCAGUAUGGCCCCCCGGCUCACCCACAGAGCAGCCUGGGUGGAGGGCUGCCUGUUCAGAUGAGUGCCCCCCUGCACCAGUACAGCCCUGCACAGCCUCCGUGUGGACAGACUGCGCUCAAUGGUCAGCCACAGAGCACAGCCUCGAGUCAACAGUCCUCCUAUGAGUCCUACAGCAGAGUGGAUGGCAGUGGACACACCCCCUCAUCCACUGGAACUCCCUCUGCCUCCAUCGUCCCCUCUCCUGGGCACCAUAGCGCCCCCCAAUCUCAGUACGGAGGGUAUGAGGGGACCAGCGGCCCCUCAGAGCCAGAACAGUCCCCCUCCAGCUCAGACGACGAAGAUCUGGAAGAUGACGACGAGGAAGCAGGGGGUGACACCUCCUCUUCGAGCACAGGCACUGCCUCCCCUGUGCACAACAGCUUCGACUCUCUGGAAGGAGGCAACUAUCCAGAGACACAGACUCCCUGCUCCGAGCUGACCCCCCAUGGCCAGCCCUACACUGGCUAUGGUUUCCCUGGUAUGCCUCCCCCCUCCUCAGCUCCACAGCAUGGAUACAACCAUUCGGGCUACCCUCAGCCCUCGCAGUCGUUCCCGAGUCUGUCCCAGUUGUCCGCUGCUCUGGGAGGCCUCAGUGGGAUCCCAGAGCUGGAGGUGGAGGCUCUGCAGCCCAUUAACCUCCUGCAAGAGAGGAACCUGCUGCCCCCAAGGCCCCUGGGGGCCCCUGAACCCAAUCUGAGCCAAGAACUGAAGAAGGUUAACUGCAGUCCUGAGACCUUCCGCUGCACUCUGACCAGUAUCCCCCAGACCCAGGCCCUGCUCAACAAAGCUCGACUGCCCCUGGGCCUGCUGCUGCACCCCUUCAGAGACCUGCAACACUUACCCGUCAUCACGUCCAACACCAUUGUGCGCUGCCGCUCUUGUCGUACCUACAUUAACCCUUUCGUCACCUUCCUGGACCAGCGGCGGUGGAAGUGUAACCUGUGCUACCGGAUCAAUGAUGUUCCAGAUGAGUUCAUGUACAACCCAGUUACCAGGGCAUACGGAGAGCCCCACAGAAGGCCCGAGGUCCAGAACUCUACUGUGGAGUUCAUCGCCUCCUCAGACUACAUGCUCCGCCCCCCUCAGCCAGCAGUCUACCUGUUUGUAUUGGACGUGUCCCAUAACGCCGUGGAGGCCGGAUACCUCAAGUACUUCUGCGACUGUCUGCUUGAAAACCUCCACUCUUUGCCUGGAGACGCUCGCACUCGGGUGGGCUUCCUCACUUUUGACAGCACCAUCCAUUUCUACAACCUGCAGGACGGCCUCUCCCAGCCCCAGAUGCUCGUGGUCUCUGAUAUAGAUGAUGUCUUUAUUCCCUCACAUGACAAUCUGAUGGUCAGCCUCAAGGAGAGCAAAGAGCUGGUGAAGGAGCUGCUCUCCUCACUGCCCUCCAUGUUUGCUCACACGAGGGAGACCCGGAGCGCCCUGGGCCCAGCUCUACAGGCUGCCUUCAAGCUCAUGACCCCCACAGGAGGCAGGGUCUCUGUGUUCCACACCCAGCUGCCCACACUGGGGCCCGGACUGCUGCAGUCCAGGGAGGACCCCAACCAGCGCUCCAGCACCAAGGUUGUGCAGCACUUGGGCCCAGCCACAGACUUCUACAAGAAGCUGGCUCUGGACUGCUCCGGGCAGCAGAUUGGAGUGGACCUGUUCCUGCUCAGCUCCCAGUACUCUGACCUCUCCUCACUUGCGUGCAUGUCCAAGUACUCAGCGGGCAGUGUCUACUACUACCCGUCCUUUCACCACAUCCAUAAUCCCUCCCAGCUCGAGAAGUUCCAGGGCGAUCUUGAGCGAUACCUCACCCGUAAGAUUGGCUUUGAGGCCGUCAUGAGGAUCCGCUGCACCAAAGGUUUAUCCAUCCACACAUUCCAUGGGAACUUCUUUGUACGCUCCACUGACCUGCUGUCCCUGGCCAAUGUGAACCCAGACUCGGCCCUGGCUGUGCAGAUGUCCAUAGAGGACUCUCUGGCAGACUCGUCUCUGGCCUGCUUUCAGGCUGCUCUGCUCUACACCUCCAGUAAAGGGAAGCGGAGAAUCCGGGUGCACACCCUGUGUCUACCUGUGGUCACCCAGCUGAGUGAGGUGUACGCGGGGGCUGAUGUACAGGCUGUCACCUGCCUCCUGGCCAACAUGGCUAUCGACCGAUCGGUGUCGUCGGGGCUGUUAGAUGCCCGGGACGCCCUUGUGAAUGCAGUGGUGGACCUGGUGGGGGCAUACAGGAGCAGUGUCUCUAACCUGCAGCAGAGUGGGCUGGUGCUGCCCUCAUCCAUGCGACUGUUCCCCCUGUACAUCCUGGCCCUGCUCAAACAGAAAGCUUUGAGGACGGGCACCAGUACCCGUCUGGAUGAGCGCGUCUUUGCCAUGUGCCAGUUUAAGACUGAACCUCUGCCACAGCUCCUCAGGAUGUUGCACCCAGACCUCUACAGGCUGGACACCAUCUCAGACCAGGGGGCGCUCCACCUGAAUGACACGAUAGUCCCCCAGCCACUGCUCCUGCACCUGUCUGCAGAGAGGCUGAGUCGCGACGGGGCCUUCCUCCUAGACUGCGGCUCUGUCCUGUACUUGUGGGUGGGCCGGUCCUGUUCGGACAUGUUCCUGCGGGAUGUCCUGGGAGUGUCAGACCAUGCCUCCUUACCCCCCAGCAUGAACCACAUUCCGGAGCUGGACACUCCCCUUUCGGAGCGGGUCAGGGCGUUCCUGGACUGGCUCCAGGAGAACCGCUCCAGCAGCUGUCCUCUGCACAUCAUCAGGGAUGAUGCUUUGGCCAAAACCACCUUUUUCCAACACCUGGUGGAGGACAGCUCUGAGUCGGGCCUGUCCUACUAUGACUUCCUCCAGCAGGUCCUUCAGCAGGUCUCCAAAUGACCCAUCCCCCCAAGCUGACGAGGACCAACCUAGGCUGACUGGUGCUGACCCGGACUCAAAUGGACCAGGAAGCAAAUAUGAAGUACCCCUCCCACACACACCCCAGUUCGUCCGCACAAGGCAUGGGGGGACGCCAUAUGGAGGUAGUGGACUGCAGUUGUGCCUGUGGUUUGGAGGAGCCACUCUGCAGAGCCAACCUGAUUCAAACUCCCGAGCCUCCUGAUAUGUUUUAUGGGGAUGGGCAGAUAUGGAUUUUUAAAAUUUAAUGUUUAUUUUAUUUAAUGAUAUCCAAUAUUUGGCCUGCUGCUGUGAUCAAUAACUGAUAUUUGCUGAUGCCAAUAUUUAGCUUUUAAAAUCCAUAUUAAGCCACACACAUUUAUCUUAAGUUCAAGUAAAGCAAGAAGAGUAACUUUUCACAUUUGUAAAAAUAAAGUGUAUUUAUUACAUAUUUGUGUAAACAUAUGACCAUAUAACACUCUUUUUAUUUCCACACGCUGAAAUAAAUUUGACUCAUCACUCUGGUCGAAAAGGGCACACAGAAACAGAUGCAGCACAAAAAAUAUUGGCAUCCAUUAUCAAUAUCAUAUAUAUCGGUAUCGAUAUUGGACCAUAUAUAUCGCCCAUCCCUAAUGUUUUAUUUAUUGUUUCGACUACUUUAAGUUUAGAAACACUGGAUUGGUCUCUCCAGAUUUGACCACGGUAUGUGCUGGAAAAGACUUCUGUAGCACAUCCAUCGUCCACCUCAGUCCAGCUCUUUACAAUGUCCAGUCUCAUCUUUAUGUUCCUGUCAUUAAAGGGGCUGUAUAUGAUUGUUUGUUUUGUUUUGUUUUUUACAGUUGUUAAAUCAUGAUCGACACAGGUCUACGCUGUAUGCUGUGGUUCAGAGUCAUUCCUCUGCCAGAAUUUAAAAAUUAGGAAUGCACAAGGAGAGAUGAGUUUGUUUGUUUUUUUUAAAGUUGCUGUACCUGAUUUGUACCUAAAAUGUAAAAACGGAACAACUUAAUUUCAAGUGGUUUGCAGCUGUCCAAAAGUACCUUACCUUAUGCAUUACCUUAUGCAUUCUGAGCAUCCUAGUCAUUCACGACGAUGAGUUUACAAGCACUUUUUGCAACUUUCAAAGGCUGGAGCAGAGCUUUGCUAACAACUAGCAUUCUGACCAAUUCCAAAAUGCUUUGCAAUUAGUUGCAGACUUAUUUUGCCCUCAAGAGUUACAUCAGUACUGGGGCAAGACACAUUUUCUUCAAAUACAUGGGAAAUUUGCUUACAGGCCCUUUAAACAUCACAGAAAUGCUAAGAACUACUAGCCUGCUAACAGUGCUACUUCAAGAUAAAAUUGCUUGCUAAUUCCCAUCAAACAGCGUACAACAAUCUGGUUUUGUUGGUAAGAUAAGCUUUUGCAAUUACCUCCAUGGGGGCAAAACAAUUAUUUUAACCAUGACUGAAAAACACGUUUGAGAAUGGACAGCUAGCCUUACCCUCUUAGUUUCUUUACUGCUCCGAUUUUGAACCAUGACUGAAAAAUUAUUGUAAAACUAAUCUAUAAAACUUACUGUACCUUGUUUCUGGGGGUGCACCGAUCUAGUACUGAAAAAUGUGUUGGAUCAGAUAUUGGCUUCCAAAUAUCCUGAUUAGACAUAUACAUUGAUGUACUAAGUCUCUUAAGUUGUUCUGUGGUUACUUAGGGAUAGAUACAUAACACAUUUGAAUCAGUUUCUUGUUUUAGUUUUGUUUAAAGGAAAUAAACGUCAUCAGUUUCUGCACUGGUAUCUGUUGAUAUCAGGCAUCAGCUGAUACUUAAGGCUAUUGAUACUUGGCAGUUAAUGUCAUCCACAUUCCCUGGGGAGUGAUGCUAACUUGAGGCACUACGCUGUCUCAUCUAACAAAACGCUUUUUACCAUGCAUUUUAUUCAGUCACAUUUGUUCCCAUGUUGCAUCUUCCCUUACAAUACUGUGUAGAUGGGUAAAUGUUUGUUCUUGAAGUAUUAAGAAUGAGAAGCCAGGUGCAGCCCCUUUAAUGACAAACACUGACGGUAUUUGUUUCUAAAGCCACACAUCUGCAUGGAAUCCAUUGCACUGUGGCUGCUGGCGACUCUCAGAACUGCAGAUUUUUUAGAACCGUGCGCCUCAUGGACACUGGGUGCUUGUUCUGAGCGUACACCACCUGACCUCCUCCAGGUAAACCCAACAGUGGUGGACUCCACCCUACCUUUUCCAAGCUCAGACAUGCCACUGUUCACUUUGUAUCUACUGAAGAAUAUUUUAUGUGAUAAUUUAUGAAACCUUAUUAAAUAAAAGCAAAAAUGACU